AAAAGCCGAGUGAUUACCAGAAAACAUCGCUUUCAAAUGGAUCGGGGGAUCAGCCGUUUCGCCGGACCGUGCCCAUGGGAUUCGGAGACGAUCGUCACCAGGAACACAUGAUGCACGCGGGGGCUGCGUGGCUGCUAAUCGUCGCCGCCAUUGCCAGCGUCACGGCAGAUUACAUACCGUUGCCGACAUCGUCGGGGCAUCGGGCGUCGACGGCGCAACUGUACUCGUGGCCCGAUCUACUGGGGGCCUCCAUCAUAGUCGACGACUACUGCGGCAACCUGGCCAACUGCUCGCCCGACGGCGUCAACUACGACAACGUCAUCUCCAGCGCAUGCGUCACUGGCAUGUGGCUGUUUUACGAAGAAUACGACUUCGGAGCGAACGCACUCGGAGCGAUGGAAUACGCGUACGGAACGAAUUUCUGCUUCAACUUGAACUUCGUCAAUGACGCGGCUUCCAGCAUGCGAUACGUCGGCAAUCGCGAAGAUUACAUGGCAAACGGGAUCACCGUUUACCAAUAUCGCAGCUUCAAGGGAAUGGAGUACUUCUCCCAAUACGACGUCCCUGUUUUCCCCAUGAAUAUCAGAUGGUGGCCACCAUCCGCGAUAAUUUCGGGAAACCUCUCCUGGACUCUGUACGAGUUUCCUUACUUCGAAGGGAGAAGCGUGUGUCUGCACGCGCGAACCGACUACAACUUCCCGACACUAUUCCUCGACGACAUGGCGGGUAUCAGUCUGCCUCGGCUGGGGUCCAUGAGCAAGGGUUGCCAGCCGCGGCGAACGCAAGUGAACCUCUACCCCUCGCAGCGGUCCAAGGGGAUGCCAAGGCGCAGCAGUAGCCCUGUCUCUCGGAUCGACGGACAGCGACGUAGUCACCCUGUCCUCGGUUCGGGCAGUCAUUCGCGAAGGUUCAACCGAACCUCGGUUGGGAGGUUCGUGGCGCCGGCGCGGAGGACCACCAGCUUCUGACAUAACCCCAUGCCAAAACUCCCGUAAAAGCGCGCGCGUUGUUCAAGCAACAUGAAAAAUGUAUUGCCCAGCAGACCGAACAUUUUGCCUUCACCUUGCGAGCGCGAAAUGUUGACCUAUAAAGCAUCGGUCGUUUUGUGCGUGGAGGAAACAGAACUGAAUCGGCGCAAAGAUGAAAUCCAUCAGAUUCUCGCGACAGGAGAAUAACCCUCUUCCUUUCCGAACAAGGGUCAUCGAAAAUUUCGGUAGAUUGACAGCGUUGCAUUCCUCGCUCUCACUACCUUGUGGUGACCACGGUCAGCGGAGGUUUCCAAUGUGAACCUAACCGUCGUCGUUGCAUCACCAUUGUCGGGAAGUGAGGAUUGAAUUUCGGUAAUUAUUCGACGAAAAGCUUCUUAGCUUCGGUAAGCAAACAAAAAUGAUCAUACAGUACUUCCAACUAACCAACAUAACCCUCAUCAGUAACGCAUUUGAUUCCAUGAUAAAUGGAUGACAGGAAAAACUAGAAGAUGGUAAUCCCCGUGAAUCCCGACGUUAAUGUCAGUGAUAUACUGUACUGUAUUUGCUAACUGUCGGGAUACGCGCAGGUAACAGCGUGUUUCUGGAGUUUCUAAUGCAAUUUGCAAGGUUCUGAGAUCAGCUCCAAGUCCCAGGUGGGUCGUCUCAUCGCAAUAAGCGCCAGGGAAUCCCGUCAUCCUUUCGAACAAUGAGCGAACGAGGAAAUAAAUGAGAGGGAUCCAUCCAUUCAAGUGUUUGCAUGUCGAAGACAAGUUUUUUCGUGGUUACUGAAUCUUUCUUCCGGCAGGCAUCUCAUGAGAUGCCUCCCGGAAGAAAGAUUCAGUAUCCACGAAAAAACAGGGUUUCGAUUAUUCGAUAUACAGUACAGUACCGCAAUGAACGUAGUCCUCUUUCCUUGGGAUGUUUUUGCGGUACAUCGUACAUUUUUAAUGCUUCACAAAAUCGUCAUAAGCUUUCACGGAUUCGUCGCAUGCAAAGUUCGAUGUGUUUGAAAAUCUGAAAUCACACGUGAUAAGAAGUUUCUUUUUUAAUCCCAUCGCUUAUCUUCUUCCGUAGAAUUGUUCCCCGUUUUCCGAAUUUUGUUUUGUACCGUUCUGUAUUGAAGUCGAAGAAAUGAAUGCAUAGCAUUUUUAAUGCGGGUCAUUCAUUCCCAACUGUCGCGUGAAUCACCACCGAUCACAGCCCAGGAUGGUACUCAACUAACCUGACACGAAAUAACAGUGAUCUUGGGCUUCAAGUCCUCUGGCCUUAGGUCACCAACAGCAGCUUCCAGACACGCCCAGGCCUCCUCGCAACUCUCAAACGGCAAUCCACCAGCGGAUCUCAUGUCCAGGUCAAAGCUGAUCUCAUUACCAACACAUCCCGAACCAUAUUCGCAACAUGCCGUGGAGAAGCCAAUCAUAGACCUAGCGUGUUCAUUCACCACAACCCUCUUCAGUUGCACCAGCUCCUCCGGGUUGAAGUAGUCCAGCAAAAGCGACAUGAUCAAGCCCUCUUCUUCAACAAUGUGCUCCAAGUAAACGGAAUGCACCAGGUAAUACGUGGCACCGACCACAGCCUUGGCAUCAACCUUUCGUGACGUGGAUGCGAGGGCGAGUGUGAUCUCCGCAACGAGGUCGACGAUCUUGGGCAUGACGCACGUGUGGUCGUUGAGUUUGGCCCAGCAGUCCGGACGAGGGCCAGGAAGUCCUCCGACGCGUUCCACGAGCUGCUUCAUGAUGAGCGACUCUUCAAUGGACUCGUGGGUGCGGAUGUCUUCGAGCAGUCGACGCAGGUGGACGAGCAACGAGUUGGGCACGAGAUUGUCCGUGAAGUCGGCUUCGGCGUAGCGACGCAGGGAACGGUUCACCAAGGAUUUCAUUCGAUAAUGCGGAACGCGGAACACGUCCACUUCGGCACUCAGAGGAGGCAUUUUCUUUUCGCUAGACAAACUUAAUUCAAUCUACUUCUGAAAGGAAUUCAACGAGACGCAUCAUGGACGGAAAAUCAGCG